CUCGCGCUACCCAGGAUGCCCCGCGGUCCUUUGUGUGACGUCACGGAGGGGGCGUUCCCGCGGGUCUUGAUUAGGUUAACUGCGCCACAAACAGUGAAAAAGGGAAGCGCGAGCGGCCGAAGGCGUUUCCGUGAGCCCUGCCUAGGUGUGCGUUUGCUCCGCGGGAACAAGGGAGAGGGCCAAGUGUCAGCGCGUUGGGGGGCCGGCGGCGGGUUUCGGUUCCGGGUUAGACGGCGGCGCAGGCGCGGACGGGCCAGGAGCGGCUGGUCCAGGCGGCGAGCGCGCCUUCUGUGGGGUCGGUCGGGGGUCGGCGGCGCCGAGCGGUUGGGGUCUUCGUUCAGGGACAGAGUCCCGAGCCCGAGGGGGCAGCUUCCCCGCACUGAGAGACGCGAGCCCUGGCGGGCCGAGAAGAAGGAGGCCUCAAACCUUGACCCGGUCGGAGCGGACCCGAACCCCCGACUGUUGCCCAUGGCGGCCCUAGGCUCCAGCAGCCAGAAUGUCACCGAGUAUAUUGUCCGAGUUCCCAAAAACACGACGAAGAGAUACAACAUCAUGGCCUUCAAUGCAGCUGAUAAAGUCAACUUUGCUACUUGGAAUCAGGCGCGGCUGGAGCGGGACCUGAGCAACAAGAAGAUUUACCAGGAGGAGGAGAUGCCCGAGUCGGGCGCGGGCAGCGAGUUCAACCGCAAGCUCCGGGAGGAGGCGCGCAGGAAGAAGUACGGCAUCGUCCUCAAGGAGUUCCGCCUGGAGGACCAGCCCUGGCUGCUCCGCGUCAACGGCAAGGCGGGCCGGAAGUUCAAGGGCGUGAAGAAGGGGGGCGUGACAGAGAACACGUCUUACUACAUCUUCACCCAGUGCCCCGACGGCGCCUUCGAGGCCUUCCCGGUGCACAACUGGUACAACUUCAUGCCGCUGGCCCGGCACCGCACGCUGACCGCCGAGGAGGCAGAGGAGGAGUGGGAGAGGAGGAACAAGGUCCUGAACCACUUCAGCAUCAUGCAGCAACGUCGGCUCAAGGACCAGGACCAGGAUGACGAUGAGGAGGAGAAGGAGAAGCGGGGCCGCAAGAAGGCCAGCGAGCUGCGCAUCCACGACCUGGAGGACGACUUGGAGAUGUCGUCAGACGACAGCGAGGCCAGCGGCGAGGAGGGCGGCAGAGCCCCCAAGGCCAAGAAGAAGGCGCCGCUGGGCAAGGCGGGCAGGAGGAAGAAGAAGAAGGGCUCGGACAACGAGGCCUUGGAAGACAGCGACGACGGGGACUUCGAGGGCCAAGAGGUGGACUACAUGUCCGACGGCUCCAGCAGCUCCCAGGACGAGAUGGAGGGCAAGCCCAAAGUGACCAAGCAGGAAGAGGGCCCAAAGGGUGUGGACGAGCAGAGCGAGAGCAGCGCAGAGAGCGAGGAGGAAAAGCCACCCGAGGAGGACAAGGAGGAGGAGGAGGAGAGGAAGGCCCCAACCCCCCAGGAGAAGAAGCGCAGGAAAGACAGCAGUGACGAGUCGGACAGCUCAGAGGAGAGCGACAUUGACGGCGAGGCCUCCUCGGCUCUCUUCAUGGCGAAAAAGAAGACACCCCCCAAGAGGGAGCGGAAGCCAUCGGGAGGCAGCUCGCGGGGGAACAGCCGCCCCGGCACACCCAGCACAGAGGGCAGCAACACCUCGUCCACCCUGUGGGCGGCCGCCAGUAAGCUGGAGCAAGGCAAGCGGACGAGCGACAUGCCCACAGCCAAGCGGCUCCGGAUGGAUGCCGGGCCCCAGGGCCUGUCCGGGAAGUCCACCCCCCAGCCCCAGUCUGGGAAGUCGACACCCAGCAGCGGCGACGUGCAGGUGACCGAGGACGCCGUGCGCCGCUACCUGACGCGCAAACCCAUGACCACCAAGGACCUGCUGAAGAAAUUCCAGACCAAGAAGACGGGGCUGAGCAGCGAGCAGACGGUGAACGUGCUGGCCCAGAUCCUCAAGCGUCUCAACCCCGAGCGCAAGAUGGUCAACGACAAGAUGCACUUCUCCCUCAAGGAGUGAGGCCCUGCUGCCCAGGGACGGGCUCCGUUCUCCGCUGCUGGGUUCUCCGGCUGCUGCUGCGCUCACGGCCUGGGCCUGCUGCCCCCCGAAUCCAGGGGUCCCCUUUGCAUCAAUUCGGGAUCAGUGUAAACAAUAUAUGCCUCAUUUUUCUUC